GAGUUCAGGAAACAGGAAGUCUUGCUGCUGAUUGAUCGGGCGGGUGGGGUGUAAUUAAUUUAAGGGAAGUGAUCACGAGACGUUACACCACCCCCGGGGCAGACAUUAAGACAUGAGUACCCCUCGGGGAAACUCGAGAGGGACAUGAAAUAAAAUAAAUCUCCGACAACUCCGGCAGGGAUCUUCACUCUGGAUACCCAACUCUCAAGAUGAAACUAGUAACGGGAUUAACUCUCUGCCUGCUGCUGGCGACGGCCGCCGCCAGACCGUCCCGGGAAAAGAGGCAGCUGGCCAAAGAGAGCCCGUUUGUUGCCAGGAACCACAAUGCUGAGACAACAGACGCCCCACAGACACCUGAUUCAUCCGCACCGAAGGUUCCUGCCAAGGAAGUUGUUCCUGGUCCGUUUGCCAUGGGUGGUGCCCCAAUGGGCUUUGGCAUGGGGAUGCCAGUGAUGGGUGGUGCUCAGCGUCCCGGGAUGCUGGAGGGAGGGUCCCCCAUGGGGGAAGGUAUGCCAGGACCACCCCAGGGAAAUUUGUUUGGUGGGCCUCUGGGAAUGUCAGGUGGGCCUCCGAUGGGAGCAAUGCCACCCCGGGGAACUGACCAGAACGGAACUGAGAAUGGACUGCCGCCAUCUUUGUUUGGAGAGCCAAUUCAAAUGCCACAAGGAAUGCAUAUGAUGCAAGGCCAUGGUAUGCCCCCUUCAAUGAUGGCCCAAGGAAUGCAAGACAUGCCUCCUUCGAUGAUGGUCCAAGGAAUGCAAGGCCAUGGUAUGCCCCCUUCAAUGAUGGCCCAAGGAAUGCAAGGCCAUGGUAUGCCCCGCUCUAUGAUGGCCCAAGGAAUGCAAGGCCAUGGUAUGCCUCCUUCAAUGAUGGCCCAAGGAAUGCAAGGCCAUGGUAUGCCCCCUUCAAUGAUGGCCCAAGGAAUACAAGGUAUGCCCCCUUCAAUGAUGGCCCAAGGAAUGCAAGGCCAUGGUAUGCCCCCUUCAAUGAUGGCCCAAGGAAUACAAGGUAUGCCCCCUUCAAUGAUGGCCCAAGGAAUGCAAGGCCAUGGUAUGCCCCCUUCAAUGAUGGCCCAAGGAAUGCAAGGUAUGCCCCCUUCAAUGAUGGCCCAAGGAAUGCAAGGUAUGUCCUCUCCUAUGAUGGCCCAAGGAAUGCAAGCACAGGCCAUGCCUACGAGAAUGCCCGGACAACAACGUAUGCCCGGUGUGCGAGGGGACAUGUCUCCUAUGAUGUUGCGUGCGCUGGCCAGACAAAGAGCCAGUCGCAUGAUGGCAUCUGGUAUGCCUCCUAUGAUGCGUCCUGGUAUGCCUCAUGCUGCGUCAGCUGAAGACAAGGAAGGGAAGAAAGACCUGAAGACCCCACCCUCGGGGGUGCCACCCAUGAUGGCAAUGCGUGGUCAGCCUAGGCCCCGGGCGAUGCACCGGAUGCAAGGUCACGCCGACCCCCAGCUCACUGUGGAGAAAUUGCUGGACUUCGAGAGUCAGAUUGACGAUAUCAGAAAGGCCGUCCUCGGCAGCUUCUACACGGACCUGCUCCAGUUCCGUGCUAUCUCCAAGGUAUACCGCCUGAAGAUGAUGUCCAAGCUCGCCCUGGUCAAGGAGCUGGAGAGUAGGAUCGCCAUGCCCGUGAGGAACAUCAUGGCCGUGAAGAGUACCGAGGUCCACAUGCCAGGGCAACCCCGUCACCAGCCACUGUUGCCAUGGCAACCCCAUACGAUGGAAGGCAUCACAGUGGAGGGCCCGGGGAUGCCGCAUGCCCAAAGACCUUUCUAGAAAACACUCAGCUAUGGAUUAACAUGCUUCUAAUCUCGAAUCUUGUUGUUUCGAAAUGAACGUUCGGUCCUGCUUAAAUCUAUGUUUGCUCUAUGUGGAAAGGCUGGAAUGGACUUCCUUGUAUCACUGCGGGGCCGACCAGAGAUGCUGCUACACCACAGCUGUUGUUACUGUCAAGCUUCUCCGACAUUUUAUUUAAAAAACGCGCACAAGUAUCCAACUAAUUAUUUCUGAAACAGCAUUUUUAUAUAUUAAAUAUUGCCUCCUCUGUGUAAAGUAUCAUGUCAUUUCGAGAUAUUAAAACAAGUGAACGUCCA